AACAUUUUUUUUCAGUGGACUAGUAGACAUUCAGUGAAUUGGACACAGAUUCAAGAUCUAUAACGGAGCACUGGGAGAGGUUACAAGGAGAGAACGAGAGAGAGGGAACGGGGAAAAAAUGGACUGGGUAUCAAAUUACAAUCCUUUUUCUCUGUCACUUCUCUGGCACGUAAAAGUGGGAGUCAGGAGGCAAGUUGUUUGAGAUCACGCACGUUCUUCGUAUAAAUCAAAUGAUUUGCAUUUUCCCCCGUGGGCUUUGUGUUUUCAGAAAAAAAAUCGUCUCAGUGAGUUUGGAGAGAGAAUUGGGGAAUAAUCAAAUCCCAGUCUGCAGCCGGUGGAGUCUGGAAUGAGUUGAAACUGACGCGAUGGCAUUCGAUGCAAGUUGGGAAACUGACACAUUUUCUGGGACAAACAGAGGCCAAUAACCAAUCGGAGGAAGUUUCGAGUGGAAGGGGAUUAAUUCCCCGCUUUCGGAGAGGCGAACAUUAAAAAGUUCGAAGAUAGGCGACGGGGUGCGCGUGUGUGUGGGGAGAGGGCGAAGAUUUCCUUUAACUUUGCAACUGGAAGAAUCAAGAUGUCUACCGGCUGGCUGUCUUUUGUUAAAGCGGCUCCAGUCUCCCUGCUCUUACUCUGGACAUUCCUGGGGCUGAGCGGCACCAACCAAACGUUUCCCCAGGACCGCUGCAAGAAAGUGUCGGACUGCGAGCCCCUGAGAUACAACACAUGCAUGGGUUCGGUUCUCCCCUACACCCACACGUCCCUCGCUCUGGCUGAAGACUCCAACACCCAAGAAGAGGCACACAACAAUCUGGUUCUUUGGUCAGGAUUGAGGAAUGCUCCAGGCUGUUGGAGUGUGAUUCAACAGCUUUUGUGUGCUGUCUACAUGCCAAAAUGUGAAAAUGGCAAAGUGGAACUACCUGGUCAGAUUAUGUGUCAAAUCACCAGAAGCCCCUGCGCCAUUGUGGAGCGAGAGAGAGGCUGGCCUGACUUCCUGAAGUGUUCAAAUGAUCGAUUUCCUGAAGGAUGCCUGAAUGAAGUUCAGAACAUCAAAUUUAACAGCUCUGGUCGGUGUGAGUCCCCUCUGGUACGUACAGAGAAUCCCAAGAGUUGGUACGAGGAUGUGGAAGGAUGUGGAAUCCAGUGUCAGAACCCGCUCUUCACAGACAAUGAACAUGAUGCCAUGCACAUCUAUAUUGCUGUCUUCGGAUCCAUUGCCAUUCUCUGCACAUUCUUCACAUUGGCUACUUUUGUUGCUGACUGGAAGAACUCUAACCGUUACCCUGCUGUCAUCUUGUUUUACGUAAAUGCCUGUUUCUUCAUUGGGAGCAUUGGCUGGCUUGCACAAUUCAUGGAUGGAGCACGGAAAGAGAUUGUGUGCAAGGCAGAUGGGACCAUGCGACUUGGAGAGCCAACGUCCAAUGAAACACUCUCCUGUGUUAUAAUAUUCAUUAUAGUCUACUACUCUCUCAUGUCUGGGGUGAUCUGGUUUGUGAUGCUGACCUACGCUUGGCACAUGUCAUUCAAGGCCCUCGGCACCACCUAUCAGCCUCUUUCUGGAAAGACAUCCUACUUCCAUCUCGUCACUUGGUCAAUCCCAUUUAUAUUGACUGUCGCCAUAUUGGCUCUGGCACAGGUGGAUGGAGACUCAGUGAGUGGAAUCUGCUUUGUUGGAUAUAAGAAUUAUCACUUCCGGGCAGGGUUUGUCCUGGCUCCAAUUGGGCUUGUUCUGCUGGUUGGUGGCUAUUUCCUUAUAAGAGGUGUCAUGACUCUAUUUUCAAUUAAAAGUAACCAUCCUGGGCUCCUGAGUGAGAAAGCAGCCAGUAAAAUCAAUGAAACAAUGCUGCGUCUUGGCAUUUUUGGAUUCUUGGCAUUUGGCUUUGUCUUCAUCACAUUUGGAUGCCAUUUCUAUGAUUUCUUUAACCAGGCUGACUGGGAGAGGAGUUUCCGUGACUAUGUUCUGUGUGAAGCCAAUGUCUCUAUUGCUGAGCAAACCAACACUCCCAUCCCCGAAUGUAGCAUCAAGAAUCGCCCUAGCCUUCUAGUGGAAAAGAUAAACAUAUUUGCCAUGUUUGGGACUGGCAUUGCAAUGAGUACCUGGGUCUGGACCAAAGCUACCAUCUUAAUAUGGAAAAGGACAUGGUUUCGAAUUAUCGGCCGAAGUGAUGAUGAGCCAAAACGAAUUAAGAAGAGUAAAAUGAUUGCCAAAGCUUUUUCAAAACGAAAGGAGCUGUUGAAAAAUCCAGACAAGGAACUGUCGUUCAGUAUGCAGACAGUGUCUCAUGAAGGACCAGUGGCUGGAAUCAACUUCGAUCUGAAUGAACCAUCUGCUGACCUCUCAUCUGCCUGGGCUCAACAUGUAACAAAGAUGGUGGCCAGAAGGGGAGCCAUUUUACCUCAUGACAUUUCAGUCACUCCAGUAGGGACACCAGUACCACCAGAAGAGAACAAGAGGAACCUCUGGAUCAUUGAAGCUGAGAUUCCCCCAGAACUACAGAAAAAAGCUGGGAAGAAGAAGAAAAAGAGAAAGAAAGGCAUUAGACCCCUUGGGCCUACGGAGGAGAUGCAUGACAUGGGCUAUUGCACAGAGAGAGCAUCUAGCACUGUUCCACACUUACCCAAGUUACCUAGGCAAAAAAACUUGGUGUCAAAAGCUGUGGAACCAACUGAUGUUCAGGAUAAUUUACCAGGCACUCUCCUGGAAUCCGGAAUCAACUCUGGAUCAAGCAAUGGGAGGUUUCUCAUUGGAGCAUUCAACAGCUCCUUGGGGUACAGGCUGAAUGCACCUCUGAAUUUGAUUGCAAACCCUCUUUCAAAUGACGAUGUCUUAGAGGAUGAGCUGGAACUUCCCCGAGGAGAUCAACUCCGGCUCCCACAGAGAACAUGUAAAAACCCAUUCCCCUAUUCCUCAGCUAAUGUUGAAUUUGGAAGACUCCCUGUAAUUAAUAUCCCUCACAUGCCAAGAUCUGAAAACAGAAGGACUGCUAUUGCACCUGUACAUUCCAGAACAAAUCUAGUGGACACAGAGUUGAUGGAUGCUGACUCUGAUUUUUGAAUAUUGGCCUAGUAUUGGUAUUAAUAAGGCAUCAUCUACUUGAGAAGCAACAUAUCUGAUUCCAACUAGGAACUUUGGUAAAUAUCUGUUACAGAUCACCUAAUUAAUGCAAGUGGUAUUUUACUAAAGUCUGAAUGUUCAUGGCUAGCAACUGAAAAUAAUUUUAAUGUUCAAAUGGGUUCACAGAAGCGCUUCUCUACUUAUUUAAGAGAUUACAGCAUUCCUUCACAUGAGGUUCAAUCUGUCGUGAAGAGGCCCUUCACUUUAAUGUUCAAGGUUGUAGAGUAUAUAAAUAAUGAAUUAUCAUAAUUGGCCAAUUUGGUAAAGUUAUUGGAGCUUUUUUUGGAGCUGAGGGAUAGUGAACUAUUCUAAGGGACAGGAAUCAAAUAACUCCCAUGUCAUAACUUCUGCUGGGCCAGGAUUAUUCAUUGACCUUUGUGUAUGUUGAUCACGCUUUGCCUUCAGUUAGUUACAGUAAAUAAAUAGGCCAUCUGGUCCAUUCUGUGUUGGUCAACUAUAUCCUAGAGUUCUAUUGAGUUCUACCUCCCAAGAUUCUUAUCUGAUCGUACCAUUAAGUUACAGACUUGAUGUGUUUUAUUUUACAAAGACCUAAUUGUUCCCCAGUGUAAUAUUUUAACAUUAAGAAUAUUACACAAAAACAUUUUGAUCAAGUUUUAAUUGAGGAAAUAGUGUGAUCAAGUUUGACUUGGGAAACUCCGUAUUCUCUGAAUGGAAGGGAAAUAUUAGACAUGACAAGCUGAAAGUGUCAAUAGCAUCAAGAUAUACCAAACCUGCCUCAGAGAAGAGAUCAGUAAUCGGUUUAUGUGGUCCAAGAUAUUUGGGCAUGAGUGGUACCCAAGCUAAAUGAAGAAAUGUGGUGCCAUCUAAUCUUUUGUCUGGAUACUGGGGGUAUGCACUGUCCAUCUCAUUCUUAACAUUCUGCAAACUACAGACAUCAAAACCUCUGUCCAGAAUCUAUUCCAGACCAAAUCCCCAAUAGUCUUGUGCUUACUUAUAUUGGCUUCUGAUGAUCCCAACACUUCAAAUUUAUAAUCCUCAACUUUGUGCUGAACUCACUUGAUGACAUCAUCCCACUAUAUCUUUGUAAGCACCUUCCUCCCUAUAACCUUCCUUUAUUACCUCUGCACCCCCCUCUGCUUCUUACUUGUCUUUCCAUCCUUAAAAAUUGCUCUUUGACCAGUUUUUAGUCACUUUUCCUAAUCAGAUAAGGGAUAGCAGAUUUAAAAGUGAUGAGGAAAAAUUAUUUCUCUUAAAGAGUCAUGAAUAUGUGGGAUUCAUUAUCCCAGAGUGUGGUGGAUGCCAGGACAUUGAGUAAAUUUAAGGAGGAGAUAGACAGAUUUUUAAUUACUAAGGAGUUAAAAUGUUAUGAUAAGUGGACAGAAAAGUGGCGUUGAGACAGAGGAGAUCAGCCAUCAUAUUAAAUGGCAGAGUAGGCUCAAGGAAUGGAAUUAGGCCAAAGUGAAGACUGCAGAUGCUGGAGAGUAGAGUCGAGAGUGUGGUGCUGGAAAAGCACAGCAGGCCAGGCAGCAUUCAAGAGCAGGAGAAUCACUGUUUCUGGAAAAAGCCCUUCAUCAAGAGUGGAUUUGCCUACUCCUGCUCCUUGUUCUUAGUUCUUAAUAUCUCUUUGGUUGCUUCAAUGGCUUUUUUUCUGUCUUAUCAUGCUUCUGUGAACAUGGGACAUUAUUUGAUAUUAUUUGGCAGAGAAAUAGUUGUAUGGUCACUUGUUGUUAUGUUGGACUCCAGGAUUAUGUAAGAAAACAUUCAAGAACAGGCAAAUUUAGUGUUGCCCUUACACUUUGAGACUAAUUUUGCAAAUGGAUGCAGUCACACUAGUUACUAAUGCAAUCAAAGCCAAAGCUCCAUAUUCAACAACUUAAAGUAUAAAAGCAUUAUCACAAUUUCAGCAGCUUAGUCAAACGGUAUUGCCUUUGAUCUCCUUACGUCACUAGUGUCAUGCUGUUUGUAUUGUAUUCUUUGAGUCUGAUCUGGUUUCCUAUUUGGCUUUUAUGUAGCCAAUUACAUUACCAGAUCUAUCUCAACCCGGUCUCUUAGUCAACAAGCACCUAACUUGGUUGUGGGGCAUCUUUGACCCUUCCACCUCGAGCAUAGAGACAUAAAGAGUUAAGUGUGAAUUUUGUUUUGUUGGUGUAAAUUGAUAAGGAACCUUCAGCUGAAACGAGGGUGAAACUAUGUUGUAUUGAAAAACUGACUGGCAUAAAUAAUUUUAUUUAAUGAUGAAUACUGCAGUGCGGUUUCUGUGGUUAUGUGUUUCAAUUUUUUUUUACCAGAUUAUGUAUUGGAAUUGCAGUUAAUUAUAAAAGAAGUGGAUUGAUCGAGGGCAAGGAUUUGUAUAUGAAAGUCUGUUAUAUACACAAAGAAAACAUUUUUACAAGAACCAGAGAUGGCAUUAGAAGUGCAAAACAUUAUUACAGUACAGGAGGACUAAGUAUCUGAAUCGGAUUUCGUUGCACUGUAAAAACAAUGCUAAUUCAGGAACCUUGACCAAUCUAUAGCUAAUCAAUAGCUGUUAUAACUGGGAGCAUACUAGGAAUUUGAACAUGUGGCUCCCAAUAAUUUCCUCCUCUUCCUCCCUGGGUGGCAUGGGAACAGAUUAGAUUAGAUUAGAUUAGAUUUACAGUGUGGAAACAGGCCCUUCAGCCCAACAAGUCCACACCGACCCGCCGAAGCGCAACCCACCCAUACCCCUACAUUUACCCUUACCUAACACUACGGGCAAUUUAGCAUGGCCAAUUCACCUGACCCGCACAUCUUUGGACUGUGGGAGGAAACCGGAGCACCCGGAGGAAACCUACGCAGACACGGGGAGAAUGUGCAAACUCCACACAGUCGGGAAUUGAACCCGGAUCUCAGGCGCUGUGAGGCAGCAGUGCUAACCACUGUGCCACCGUGCCGCCCAUCACUCCAUCCUCAAAAUAACAUGUGAUGUAAUGGUGCCUGUUUCAAAUUUCUCCAUUUGUUAUUUUAAUAGAGGGUACCAAUCCAUUGAUUUUAACCCAAGUACAGAACACAAAUUUAAUGGUCACAAUCAGUAUUCGUAAUGUCACACCACCAACAAAAAAAAAUGGAUUUUUUUUAUCCUGCGAUGUUAGUGCUGAGGAAUGGAUUCUGCAUUUACUCAGGGUCGACAUUGACAAUACUCUAGUUAAGAUGGAAGGUGACAGAUUUAGGAUAUAACCAGUCAGCAUACUGACCAGGCCAAAGUUGGGCUUGAUGUGAAUUGAAAAGGAGAGAUUUCAAAGAUGCCAAUUACUGCCCAAGUAGGACAUUGGAGAACCUGUUGUUUUUGAUGUUGAAUAGUUUGAAUACCAUAUCCAAAUACAAACUGUUUGAACAGACAGAAACUGCUUCUUAUCUUGAUUUCAAGUCCGAAGAUUCUGUACAAGUGUGAAGAAGGAAAUUUCCCAAGUUUGCCAGCAUUGUGGUUUUCCAAGGAUUGAGGUUCCCUAUUAUUGUCCUUCAGGAAGUCAUCUCUUGGUGACAGAGCGUGACACUUUGCGAGAUCUCUCUGAAUCCUGACCUUGCUCCACUUGCCUCUCUGAUAUUUAACACAUUUUAUAUUUUUUAAUCCAUUGAUGAUCUUCAUUGCUAAAAAAUGUUGAAGGUUUGAACAUUCUUGGUUUGAGAUGUGAGGUGCACUCUAUAGAUACCCUUUUCAAUUUGAGUAAUAAUGUAAAUUGGGUGAUAGCAUUUUGGCAGCCUAUUUUGUCCUUGUCCUCACUUUUAUUUCCCAGUCAUUGUUGGUUUGCUAUAUUAUUGACAAGUCAAAAUGACACACCUACAGAUCAAUAUGUAUGUGUAAGCAUCAUAAACAGCCAACAUAUGAAGACCUUGUAAAUAUUCCCUUACCUCCUUCACUAAGUGAUAGUCUGGUUCUGUAAAUUGUUGAAGACUUGAUAUAUUUUUAUAGAAACAUAAUGGUUAUUUUUGUACCACAUAUAGCCAUUUAAAACUUCUUGUUAUCAGUGUUCAUAGACAUCUGUAG